GAAAUGACCUGAGGAAGUUAGCGAGUGUCUUCUCUCUUUCAGUAGGUUUAUAGUUUUUUUUCUGCUGUGUUUCUGCUCGAAACUCUGCAUUCAGUUUGAAUCGAAAUGGCUUCGCUAGCACCUGUAAAGGUUCAGCUCCCACAGACAGACGUGGUGAUCGCGGUCGAGGAGGUGCCAUGGAUAAAGUGAGGAAGAUCCUGGUGUAUGUGUGUAAGGACCGAGCGACUCCACAGCGAGCUCAGUUCGUGCAGAGUAUAACGGGGCACUUCACUGACAGCGCCGAUGAUGAGGUGGAGGUGAGCUGCACGCUGGAGAAAAAUCAGUUCAUUCUUUACAAAGGAGACAGAGGUCAAAGGGUCCCUCUGAAGAGGCCUGCCUUCUGUCCCAUCAAACACCUGCCAGCCACAGAGGCAGCUGCAAUCCCACAGGAUGUUCAACAGCGUGGCGUGGAUGUGGGCGUGGCCAUCAUCCUACAGACAGCCAAUCAGAGAGUGCUGCUGACUAGGCGGGCGAAGGAGCUUCGGAUAUUUCCCAACGUCUGGGUUCCUCCAGGUGGCCAUGUGGAGCUAGAUGAGACGCUUCUGGAUGCAGGUCUCAGGGAGCUACACGAGGAAACUGGACUCAAACUGGAACCGGAGCAAGUUUCUCCAAAAAUCCUGGGACUGUGGGAGUCGGUGUUUCCUCCCAUGCUGUCCAGAGGUCUUCCUCAGAGACAUCACAUAGUCAUCUACAUGCUGCUGCACUCGUCCCUCACUCACCUGCAGCUACAGUGUGUCGCAGGUGUCUGCAGAUGGCGCUCUGACUGAGUCUUUGAUGCCACUGGCGGUCUUCAUCAGUCGGGCGCCAGCCAGCGGUCCCGAUGUGGAGCGGGUCAGCACCGGGACCAAGUUUGCCCUGGAGCUGUGGCUCAGGACCUUGGAUGAGCCUGACCUCUGACCUUGAGCCGCCAUCUAAAACCCCAACCUGCAGGCAUCAGGAAGGACACGCCAGGAUGAGAGAAAUGAUUUUGCUGUGAAUCCCACUGCUGUUCUACACAGAAACAUUUAAAAUAGAAAUGACUUUCUAUUGUUACUUCAGACCAGCAGGUGGCAGUGCAGACCAGGUGUGGCUGGCAGGCUGUUUAUGGGGACAGGAGACGCUGCAGCAACUGACGUGGUGGUUGUUUAAUGGGCUUAUGGGUAUUUUCAGCUCAAGACUCAAAUCAGAUUCAUGUAAAGAAAGUAAAACCAAGAAAAAAAAGAACUUUUAUCAGAUGGCACUCUGAAGCAGCUUAUGUUGGAAAAUGACUUGUACAGAACAGAUAGUGUCCCAGUUAUGUAUAAUAACUAUAUGUAUAAUAAAAUGAGUGUUUGUUUUGGUUUUCCAAAAUUCUGGUUCUGAUAAGAAUGAGACAAUCCCAGACUUUUAUUAUCUAAAAUAAUCAUGUUAUCCAAAUAAAACAUCAAAUGUAA